AUGUCUCUCUCUUCCAAUCCUGUGGUUGCGGUUGUCGUUUUCGGUUGUGGCAACAACACACAUAACAUUAUUCUACCAACCUCCUCCACUACGGGCACGAUCAAACAACCUCGAUUAAUUUCCUUUUUAAAAGCCUUUGAGGAUGCUAAUUUAAUGGGCUCCUCGAAUCAUCGAUCAUUGACCUCCUCAUAUUCGGAACAUCAAGAUGAUCCUUCUUUUACUGCUGCUGAACAAAAUUCUCGAAUACCAAAACAUUUUUCAUUGAUUCAAGUCUGCACGGGAGGUGAUUUUGCCUUCUUUCUCUUUCGGGAUUACAAACAAAAUGAAAAUCGAUUAUUUGCUUGUGGCUAUACAGGUACAGGUGAACACGGUGUUGCGCAAGACAAUUCGAGUUCGCAUUUGAGAGAUAUUACAGAGAUGGCCAAGAAACAAAUUCUUCAGAGACAAUCAAGUACAUCAGUGAUUAGAAUGGAAAUUAAACAAAUUGCUUGUGGUUGGAAUCAUUCCAUGUUAAUGGUCGAGUUUGAGGAAAGAACCCAUGAGUUGGGAUUACCCAAUCAAAAACGAUUGGCCUUUUUUGGAAGUGGAUUUAAUAAUCAUGGACAGUUAAGUGUUGGAGAUACAUCUUCUAUAUCAAGAUUUGGACCAGAGGCAGACGUGACAUUGGUGCCACGAGAACACUUGUAUAGUAUUGAAAAAUUCUUUGCACGAUAUAAUACAUGUGCAUUUAUUACAAAAGAUAGAACUUUGUAUGCUUGUGGUGGCAAUUCAAAUGGGGAGAUGGGAAAAUCAGGAACGGUCUAUCGAUUUGAGAAAAUUGCUAGUCAUAUUUUGGAUGCAGAUUUUUCGUAUUCACAUGGAGCCAUUAUUAAUUUGGAUGGACAGGUUUUCACCUCGGGGCAAAAUGAUUAUGGAAAAUUAGGUCAUUCUCAAUCCACGUCCUUUCAAUUUGUUCAAGCACCAUUGCCAAAUAAUGAAAAAGGUCUCAAAGUUGCUCUCGGAAUUCAUCAUACCGUAGUGUUGACGCAAUCUGGUUCGAUCGUUGCAUGUGGACAUAAUGAUAGUGGAGAGCUCAGCCUUGGAACGAAUGUAAACGUAUCGACCUUCACAAAAGUGCAAGUAGAUGUUCACUUUAAAGACAUUUGUUGUGGUUUCUACCAUACUUGUGCCUUGUCGACCAACAAUGAAGUUUAUGUUUGUGGAAUGGACGUCGAAACGAAAGGUAACAAGAAUAUUUUGUCAAAGUUGAUAUCAAGUGAUCCAUUAUUUCGAAAUGUGAAUGCCAUUGCCAGUGGAGGAUAUUAUGCAUUAAUGUAUCGCCAAGAGCAAGGAGAAGGCAAGACAGCGAAGGAAUUUAUCGCCAAGUUACUCAAGUUUUCAAAAUUGUCUGCGGAAGGAAGCACCACUGAAUUGCAGGACAUACAAAUUAAGUUGAUGUGA